UCGAGUCACAGGAACCGGGUAAUAAUAACUAGAAGAGCAUUAAUCGAUGGGAGUUGGAAAAUGAGCCUGAGAGCAGAGUCGUCCAUACACUGUCACACCAAGCACCCCACUGAGGCUCAGCACUCAUCUUACAGAGUUGGCAUGCUGCUCGGACUCCAACUUAGCAUUGUCGGGCACGUAGUCGAAAGUGUCAAAAUCAAAUUCGGUGAAUGCACUGGAUCGCCACAAAUCCGUGGCAAGUGGGAAGCUUAUCGCUCGUCGUACCGGGACAGCCUGCCGUGGGAAGGGAGCAAUGAUAUUGGACAGGGCGACGAUAAAAACGACGACAGUUAUAUUGAUUUUGACGAGCUGGUUUCUUUUGAUCCACAUCACGAAGCGGAGAGGACCGGCUCGCUAGAUGAGCACGUCUCUACAAUUGAUCCUGCCCUUCGGUCUAAUAGCGAGAAGAGUGCGGGUCUUCGUCCGAAAGGAAUUCUCAAGUCUCCGACUCUGAACUUUGCAGAAGAGCUGAGCCCCACCCGAGGAGGUGUCGCACCUCUCCCGGAUACCGUCACAGAAGCUCCUCCUGGUACGAGAUGGACCAAGAUAGCCCUUGAACUAGUGAGCCUUGAGGCGUUGACGAUCGGCAAGGAGCGUUUCGAGGUUCGGAAUGACUUUGUUAUUGUGCUCCGCGUGUUAUCCAAAGAAGAGAUCCGGGCUUACGCGACGGCAACCAGCAGAGGAGAGGGGAGGAGUACCAAGGACAGGACGGUCGCGAAGACACCACCUUGGAAGCAGCGUGGCUAUUACCAAUUGGUCAAGUUCAUCGCGAGGAGAAUACAAAUCCCAAUGGGACUUUUCUACGCCAUAUGGUACACAAGGCUCGAUGUGCCUCUGGUAGAAUUGGGUUUCUUUUACCCCACAAGACAGGAUGCAGACACGGCAUCACGAUGUUAUGGUUGA